AUGAACAAUCAAGAUUUCGCUGAAACAGAACAAGCAGCCAGGGCAAUUAGGAAGCUGUUAAAUGGUGAAAUAGAUACUAUCAAAUUAGAAAAUGGCAAUGAACUAAAAAUAAGAUCAAGGGAUGAAAAAUAUGAUGAUGCCCAUAAGAGAUAUAAGGACAAAACUAACUAUUCAUUUAUAGACAACUCCGAAGAAGAAAACGUCUAA